AUAUAUAUAUAUAUAUAUAUAUAUAUAUGUGAAAAAGUUUAUUAAUAUCAUUUGAAACGAAUGAAAUGGAAAUCACGAGGGACUUAUCAUCGAUUUAUAAAUAAUUAAGGAUUGAAUUGAAUUAAUUUAAAGGCAUAAAGAGAAUAUGGAAGAAGAUAUAUUAUUAUUAUGAGCAACGUUGUUAGAUUGACGAUUUUAAUUUUGAUAACAACAUUGACUUAUAUGAAGGCAUUGACGAUUGUCAAUCAUCAUACCGACGACGAAUAUGUACUCGAGCAUGAAGUCCUUUACGAGGAUGCGAUCAACGAAGCAAAAAAACUCGAGAUUUAUCCUGGUCCAAUACCAGGAUGUAAACAUUGCACCAAUUCAGAGAUAACCUAUUGCAAGAAUGGAAGCGUCAUUAAUGAUCAUUGCUGUUGCGACGGUAGUUACAAUAAAGUGUUCCCCUUCGUUGAACACACUUGUCGCGUGGGACCAGAAGAAUGCAAAGUAGAGGCUGGAGAUUGUGCAGAGUAUACAAGAUUACGUGAAUGUUGUUGUCACUCUUAUUUGGCUUCUGUGUGGAAAUAUUUAGCGACUGGCGUAGGAUCUCGCAAUGAUGCAAAUUUAACAAUGUUCCUGAUUACAUUAGCAAUGGUGCUCGGAUUAUACUUAACGUAAUAUACGAUUAUUAUAAAUCUUACCAAAUAUUUUGUACAGUAAGGAUUAUACUCCUUAAUAAAUUAUUUUUACAUCGA